AUGUCGUCUCCGAUUGGACUGCCAGUUCAUCCCUACUAUCCCCUCAAUCUCGAGAUUGGGGGGUAUUUGGCCAACGAGUGGAAGUCGUGGGAUCUGGUGUCGAUUUUCGUCACAGGAUGUACCAUCAUCUUUCUGGCCAGCUACCUGCUGGUGAUGAGAGUGCAGCCGAAGAUUUCGACCAAUGAUUUGUUGACUCUGAAGUGGUUUGCUCUUUGCGGCUGCAUCCACUUAUUCUUCGAGGGCUACUACGUGUACAAUUUCCGCCAUAUGCCGGGGAUGCAGGAUCUAUUUGGACAGUUGUGGAAGGAAUACUCGCUGUCCGAUUCCAGGUACCUGUCGCAAGAUGCUUUUGUGCUGUGCAUGGAAGUCGUCACUGCCGUCUGCUGGGGCCCGCUGUCUUUUGCCCUGGCAUUCAUGAUCACGACCCAGCACCCUCUGCGAUACCCACUGCAAGUUGUCGUGUCACUUGGUCAGCUCUAUGGAAAUGUUCUUUACUAUGGGACUUGUCUCUUUGACCACUAUAUCUUUGACGUGUCAUACUCGAGACCCGAGGCAUCUGUGUUCUGGGGGUACUUUGUGUUCCUCAAUGCAUUUUGGAUUGUGAUUCCAUCGCUCCUGGUCUAUACCAGUUUGUCAAUGGGCAAAAGAGCCUUCGAGGCUUUGGCAAAAUCCGAAGAGUCACUUCGCCAGACGGAUUCGGCUUCAAAGAUAGCCAAGAGCGAAUAA